AUGACUUGUACUGCGAGACUUCAAAAUGGCCGACGGUGGGCGAGCUCUUGCUCUUCCUUGACGGAAGAAAACUUGAAAAAUGCACUUGUUACCCAUAGUUAUUUAAUCUGUAAGGUUUUUGAUAAGGAGAUAUAAUUAUGGAGGCGCGCGGUGCACGUUUAGAUCGUCGGCAUUUUACUCUGACCACACAUCAGAGAAGAUUACGGCAUCUGAAGAGUAUAGCUGCAAGAAAUUUAAUGGUUCCCAAUGUAUCUGAGCUAGAUGUGGCUUCUCUACAGACAUACUUCACCUUGCAUACUAAGACCCAGGAACCGGCUUUCUACACCAGUGAGAAAAUUCGAGGUUCAUUGAAUCCAAGCUGGCGUGGGUUCUUGCUGACACACCUAACUGAGGAGGUGGACACCACUUCUACUUCUGUUAUAGUCAAGGUGUGGAUUUCAGAAGAAGGGAAAUCCCCUCAUGUCCUUCUCCAAUGGGACGUCCACUUUUCUGGACUUGUCUACAUCGCUGACAAGAUCCAGAAAGAUGGCAGGAAGUAUAAGGGAAACACUUUGGUGUUUGGGAUGUUUGAUGCUUACUUUGGCCCUACAGAAGAACUUCAGAAGCCCAAGCAACAAUCUUUGACCUCAGAGUUUAUGAAAGUAGACCAUUCCAGUGUAAGGUCUUCCUAUACUAUUAGUUCUUUGUCCAGAAUAGUCACCAUACUGCGUGCUAUCAAGCAGACCCAGGCCUCAGUGAAGAAAGUGAGGGGCUGUAUAGAGGACACGCUGGUGUCUUCACUAACCAGAUCCAAGAAGCUGUCAGAACGGGAAGUCCUGAUUCUUCAUGUGAAUCAGAUGAGGUCAGAGCUUGAGUCACGUACCAUGCAGCUGCAAGCCGAGAAAGAAACGUAUGAGAGACUACAGACACACAAUCACCAAAGAGAUGUAUCAGUGCAAACUAAAUUUGAGGCUAUGAAAAAUGACAAAGACAGACUAAAAGAAAAAAGGAAGAUAUACUUUGAAAUGAGGGAACAGUACCUUAAAGCCAAUGCACAGUUGAUUAUGAGGAAGAAACAGUUGAUAGCAGAUUUAGCUUUUUAUAUUUAUCCACUGAGAGAGGAAAAAAAUGGAAUUUUCACAAUAGGAAAGGUUAGACUUCCAAAUUCAGAGGAUUUCCAAGGUCAAGAUGAGACCAUGAUUGCUGUGGCGCUGGGCGCUACUGCCCACAUGGUUCAGAUGAUAGCUCAGUUUCUGGACAUUCCACUUCGAUAUGCCAUAGAUCACCGCUGCUCCAAGUCCAAGAUACGAGAUCAUAUCACUCCUAAGUUACCUGAUAAGGAGAGAGACUUUCCACUGUACGGGAAGGGUAAAGACAAAUUCCAGUUUAACUACGCUGUGUAUUUGUUAAACAAAAACAUUGCCCAGCUGCGUUACUACUGUGGGUUGGGAACAACAGAUCUCAGAUUAACAUUGCCAAACUUACAGAGCCUGCUAGAGCUCAGGCUGGGGGUGAAAUUAGACCAACCAGGCACUAUUGAUAUGUCUCAGAAGCUCAGGAUUCCUAUGGACUCUCGUCUUGUCAGUCGUCAGGGCUCAGUGCAGAGUUUUUCUUCCAUGGGAUCUACCAGGGACUCCAGCGUAAACUUUGCUUACACCCAGGAAUUUGAAGAUAUUUUGGCUGAGGAAAAAGGAAAACACAGUGGCAGGGAAGUUCCCAGAAAAGACAUGCAACAGUCUGUUUCCCGACAGCAUAGUGUCGUUUUUAGUGACCUCAAAGGUCAAAGGUCACAUUCGCUCUCCCCAGAUAGGCUGGGAGUAAAUAGGGCAGUGAUUCCGGGUCAAGAUAAUUUGCGAGUUUCAGGCAGUCAGGCAGCUAAAAGCAAAAGAAUAUUAGAUGAAAGCUCAAGUCAAGAAGUGAGUAGAGAUGAUUCAGUUUCUAGGUCAGACCCUGAAUCUGAUUUAAAGGAUGUAUCACAUUUGGAGUUGAGGGGUUCUGGCAUUCUUCCUACAACAUUAGCCACUGGGAAGUUAGAAGACAUAGAUGCUGGGUCAUCAAAUGAUGAGAAUCCGCAUUCAGAAUACGAGUCUGAAUUCAAACAGUGGCAGAAACGACUGUCGAAUGAUGAGCCUUGUGAGAUCACUAGCCACUCUGGAGCCUCUUGUGAAAAAGAAGCAAGUCAGCUUGUGGAGACAUCUGGUGUGGGAAAUAGAAAAUCACUUAGUGGACAAACAGUUGUGAAUGCAGAUGACACAAAAAUUAAACAAAAUGGCAAUGUUGGGAUGGUUGCAGUUGACAAUAAUAUCCCACCGAACAGCAAUUUUAGUGCUCAAGUGAGUGAGGACAGUGAAUCACAGACAAAAAGGGCAUUUCAAAAUUUCCAAAUUCCUCAAAACUGUGAUACUCAUCUGCAAAUGCAGAGUGACUAUAAUAUAAGCAAUGGUGCUGCUCAGAACAACAGUUUAAAGAUGGCUGCCAACAGCACAGUAGAGGGCGCUGUGAUGUAUGCAGAAGACACUAUGACAGCCAUGGAAAAUGACAUAAUUACUCAAAGGACAUUGAGGCUUGAAUCAGGGAGCCGAAGUUUUCGAUGGCAGCCACCAAGUUCUGAGUGAACAUUUAGUUUUCAAUCUCUCUUUUGCUAUAAUGAGUCAUUUUUGUCAAUGUCCAAAACAUGUAGAAUGAACUUGUGUUUUUGGGUCAAAUAUCAGUUGGUCAUAGCUAAGGGGCAGAUAGAUUUGCUGUUUCAAAAUUAAGUUGAUAUUCAUGUUAAACCAAGUGUAUGUGCACCUUAUUUCAAAGAAUAACUUUUAAAAGUUUUU